AUGCAUAACUUACAUCAGGAUCAGAAAUACUUCACCGACGCAGAAUUUAUCGGCGAGCUGGAAGCUAAUCUGGAUGACGACGAUGGUCAUCUCGAUAGAUUCAACUCGACUCAAGUACCAGCAGGAGCACGGAGAUUCGCUGAAGUGCCAGAUAUUUCAGUUGAUCAGUGCAUCAGCCGCCCGAGACUCACAAACACGUUUAUGUUGAAGGGACUCGUCGAACGUUCGCAGCACUACAACAAGACGAUCGAUCGGAGAGUGAUGACUGGCAGAAGAAUCGCAUUCGGUGCGGGGAGAGUCUGGCAGCAACUGGACCCUAAUUUCCAAAUUGCAGAAGAAGAGCAGUUGAAAAGUGGAAGAGGGGAGCAUCAGGAGACAACGUCAAACCAAAGGAAAGUGCUUGGGACUUCUUGUCAGAAUAUACCUAAACGAGGACGAGGAGAUUGCUUCGGAAGGCUUCGCAGUGCUGAUUUUGAAGACGGUGUCUCGCCCACAGGACCAUCAACGCAAAUUUUCCCUAACUCCACCACCUCUGCUGUGAUCGCUGACGCCUACAAAAACAACAACUUUCAGAAACCGUCACUCAACAGAAAUCCAACUCACACUACUCGUUUCGGACCAACGCCGACAAAACUCGUAGAGCAUGAACGUGUUCUUGCAUUCCAAUCCCCACGUCGUUUCGAAUCUUCUCGAUUGAAUCUUCUGAAUCGAAAUGACCGUGAUACGUCACCUCCACCUGAAGUACCAGCUAAACAUCAUUUCAAUCUCGAAACUGCGUACAACGGAAAAAUCACACCGAAUUUCCGCUUCAAUUACAAUCCCCUAGGCGCUAUUCCCUGCACUCAUUCAACCAAUCCGGCGAAGUUACCCGCGACGGUUGCUCCUGGAUUCGCUCCUUUCCAGCACAUCUCCUCAUCACGUCGGGACGUUUUGGACAAAGAUAUCCGAAAAGGCCUGAUAAUAUUCCUCAGCUACCAUCUCAACCGAAACAUCUCAAUCAUAACUACUAUCAGAUCGAACUAUACGGAGCCACACAAGAAGAGAGAAUUGCACAGAGAAUUGAAAAAACAGUUCGACAAACGGAGACACCGCUACGACGAUUCUGAUCAAAACACCAACACCACCGUCUCGCCAAUCAUUUCUUUUUUCUCUUAG